AUGCUUGAUGCAUGUUACCCGGAGUCCGACGAUAAAGAAAUCAAUGUGUACUUGGAAGCAGGAGAUAAGGACGUGAUCCUUCCUACGACUAGCGAUAAAACCAGCAGCUCGACUGAUAUGAGGCAUCCCCAAAACAUCCAAACGAGUUACAGCAAACUCAAACCGGAACACGGGCUGAGCUUUUGCUCUCUUGUUGGUAGCCAGAAAGAGGCCUGGGCGGUAGAGGCUGCUUGGUCGCGUUUGCCGGAGCACCUCACGGGGCGAGCUUACGGUGGCGGAGCUGGAAUGCAUAUGUUUGCUUUUCAGUACACCUCAUAA